AUGACCUUAGCUCAAACGUUGCAGCCUGACGAGGUCCGGAGCAUAUGCCGUUGUGCUAUCAGAUACGCCUAUGACCGAAAAGAUACCAUGGACCAACUUCGAACCUGUCGGCAGAACUUGAUCCAAGAAAGCGUCGAUCCUGGCACCCUGAGAAGGCACAUACGUGCUAUAGCGAUGACAGAAACCCAAUUGAACUAUCGGAGAGAUGCACCAUCUGAGCUUCAGGAGCUGUACGUACCGGCAGUGCGAGAGGUUUUUCUAGACGCCGAUGUCCACAUGGAGGCCAAAGAAAUCUGGGAGAACAACGAGAUUCACGAAUGCUAUCUUAGAACCUGGCACUGCAUCAAGGAUGUUCUGCUUGGAAUUGAUGAAAAGAUCAAAUGCUACGGUUUUGUGUCAGCAGAGAAAUGGAAGGCGGUAGCAAUACUAGAGAUGCUCGUGGUGCAGGUCGGACGGUUGAGAGAGGCUCUGGUUGGACUGGUUGUGGCGGAUAGGUUUGCCGAUGAGAUGGAUGAGAUUUCCAAGAGCAGGGGCAUCAAAUGGUCCAGCAGCCCCGAGCUGUGGUCCAUCUGGGACCGUCUUCAACGUCAGAUGAAGUGCGGAUGCACGGCUUGCACACCCCUUGACCCCGAGAAUUGUUUGGAUCCUGUCCUUGUGAUUCCUUACCUACCGUUGCCAGAUUGA